AUGAAGAAGAUAGGGGGUGGAAAAAUGGCGUCGCAGUAUUACCAAGAAAUGCAGGAGAGCUUCAGAAAUAACAACAAAAGUCGGGAAUUCCCGGCUCAUACAGCCAAAGUACACUCGGUGGCGUGGAGCUGCGAUGGAAGGAGGCUCGCCUCCGGCUCGUUUGAUAAAACAGCCAGCGUUUUUAUCCUGGAAAAGGACCGCUUGGUGAAGGAGAACAACUACAGAGGACAUAGUGACAGUGUGGAUCAGUUGUGCUGGCAUCCAACCAACCCGGAUCUGUUUGUCACUGCGUCUGGGGACAAAACCAUUCGCAUAUGGGACGUACGCACCACCAAAUGUGUCGCCACAGUCAACACAAAGGGUGAGAACAUUAAUAUCUGCUGGAGUCCAGACGGUCAGACAAUCGCAGUCGGGAACAAAGACGACGUGGUGACCUUUAUCGAUGCCAAGACGCACCGCUCCAGGGCUGAAGAGCAGUUCAAGUUCGAAGUGAACGAGAUCUCCUGGAACAACGACAACGACAUGUUCUUCCUCACCAACGGGAACGGCUGUAUCAAUAUCCUCAGUUAUCCGGACCUGAAGCCCAUUCAGUCCAUCAACGCUCACCCGUCCAACUGCAUAUGCAUCAAGUUUGACCCCACGGGGAAAUACUUUGCCACAGGAAGCGCUGAUGCUCUCGUUAGUCUGUGGGACGUGGAGGAGCUGGUGUGUGUCCGCUGCUUCUCCAGACUGGACUGGCCAGUGAGGACUCUGAGCUUCAGCAAUGAUGGGAAGAUGUUGGCCUCCGCGUCUGAGGAUCAUUUCAUUGACAUCGCAGAGGUGGAAACAGGUGAGAAGCUGUGGGAGGUUCAGUGCGAUUCCCCAACGUUCACAGUCGCCUGGCACCCAAAGAGACCCCUGCUGGCCUACGCCUGCGACGACAAGGAGGGCAAAUAUGACAACAACCGAGAGGCAGGGACAGUUAAACUGUUUGGCCUUCCCAACGACUCCUGAGGAGCAUCAGCUCGUCUGUUGACAGGAGUAUUUACACCUUGAUGACAAAGGCAGUGAGAUGUUAAAAAGAGGAACUGCAGUAACCUUCUGACAUCAGCAGGUGGUGCAACUUUCCUUACUUUGCUCUGAAUCGGCUGACGUCAUUCACUGGUUGUUUUUAUACAGUAAAAUCUCAUAGCUGUAAAAUAUUUUCAUGUAAAAUAAAGCGUGAUUUUUUUUUUUUUAA